CAUUUUCCUGCCCUCAGGAAGUGGGGGCUGUGAGAUUCCAGUUGCCGGAAGUGUUGUUUCGGUGUUUCUGGUUGAAUUUGUUCAACUUUUGCGCGGUGUGAUCGUGACAGGGUUUCUCUGUAUAACCCUGGCUGUCCUGGAACUCACUCUGUUUACCAGGCUGGCCUCAAACCCAGAAAUCCACCUGCCUCUGCCUCUGCCUCCCAGAGUGCUGGGAUUACAGAACAUUGCUUCAGAUUCAUCCACCCCCCCCUCAAGUGAAAAAUAUAUGAAUCAGAAUUGCAUAUUCCCUGGACAAAACUCUGAGUAGAGACCAGAAUGCUUCACUUCAUCCAGAAAAUGUCUGGAGCAUCUUCAAAGAUGCUGAAGAACCCUUUUACAGUGAGACUCAGAGCCAGCAGAAUAGAUGUACUUUCUCCCAAGACAUGUCUUCUGCAGAACUUUUCCUCUUUGUGUCCAAGAGUUUGGCUUUCUACGUCAUUUCAAGUGUGUAUGCAGAAGAUACAAUGCUAUCAUGCGUCCCCAUGCAACUUUAGAAAGCAGAAGGAGGCAGUCCUUCCCCCAAGGAAACCAAGCACCAUCACAUACCUUCGUGAUAGCCCAAAGCCAGCCUUAUAUAUAGCUCUGGUGGGGUUAAUCCCCUUUACUGCUCCACCACUCCUCAUGGUAAUAACAAAGUCUUAUAUCCCCAUACUAGCUUUUACUCAGAUGGCUUAUGGAGCUGGUUUCCUAGCUUUCUUGGGAGGGAUCAGGUGGGGCUUCGUUCUGCCAGAAAGUAGUCCAGCCAAACCAGACUACCUUAAUUUAGCUAGUAGUAUGAGUCCUGUUCUGUUUUCAUGGGCGGCCAUUCUAUUUUCUGAAAGACUCAAUGAAGCCAUAGUCACAUUAAUAAUAGGUUUAGGGAUAGCAUUACACAAUGAACUUUCCCUCUUACCACAUUAUCCCAACUGGUUCAAAGCCUUAAGGAUCCUAAGUACUUUAGUGGCUUUUAUCUCAUUUGUAGUCACUUUAAUACUUGAAAAUAUUUACCCAGAAAAAGGGCCCAAGAGACUUGGUUGAGUAGAAAUAUAAAACUACUUUCUUGAUAUUAUUUACAGUAUCUGUGGAGGCCAGAAGACUGUUGAAUCCUCUGGAGCUGGCUUCCCAGACGAUUCUGAGCCACUUUGUCUAGACUGGGAGCUAAAUUUGGGUCUAUGGCAGUCCAUAGUUGUGAGCACUGAGCCACUCUACCCUGUAAAGCUGCAUUUCAGAAACACAGCUCUGUCCCCCUUGUUUGGCUCAUUUCCCCCUCCCACUGAUAGGAACUUAUUCUUCAUACAUAGUUUUUGUUUUCUAAAGAGGAUUUCUUUUAUCCAGAAGAUGGUAGUACACACCUUUUAUCCCAGGAGAAAGGAGUAAUAAGGUUAGUUUACAUUUUUGUGUGUAUGAAUUGUAUAGUCAUGUACCUAGACAUUUCAGUGUUUUGAUUAUACUGAGAACAGUAAAAAAUAAGAUAAAAAAUCCUGUAUUAGAGUUUAACAAUCAUGAAGGCAUAUUUCAUGAAAAGAAUCCUUCUUGUAGUGGUUUGAAGAGAUUUCGCCCUCAUAGACUCAUGUGUUUGAAUAUGUUUGGCCCAAAGAGGGGGGCACUAUUAGGUGUGUGGUCUUGUUGGAGGAAUUGUGUCACUGUGGGGAGGGCUUGGAGAUCUUCCUCCUAGCUGCCUGGAAGACAGUCUUCUGGUUGCCUUUGGUACAAGAUGUGGAACUCUCAGCAGUGCUAGUGCUGCCAUGCUUCCUGCCUUGAUGAUAAUGAACUGAACCUCUGAACCUGUAAGCCAGCCCCAAUUAAAUGUUGCCCUUUAGAGUUGCCUUGGUCAUGGUGUCUCCUCACAGCAAUGGAAAUCUAAGGCACUACUAAGAAGUUCAUGACACCUUAAAAAUAAAAGUAUUUCUGUCAAGUUCUUAUAGCA